AUGAAGGGCAGCUACAAGAUUUAUGUGGAGUUAGCCAAGGACUGGAAAAAGGGUUUGUUCUCGGAUUUCUUUGGGACGUUGGAGGUGACUGCAUUGUCACAGCCGCUUGAAGCGGAAGGUCAGAGCCGUAUCGUUCUUCAGGUUCGUGAGGCGGUGACAUUAGGUGGUGUGGCUCUGCAACGUCAUUUCAGCACCCUACUUAGUUCUUUGAAGCAGCCGGGUACUAAUGUCUGCAACUUGGAACAACUGCUCGAGCACUUAGUCGAACGAGGUCGACUAUGGUGGUUCGGGUAUGCUCAAUGGUGUUCACAUGAUAUGAUCAAAGCAAUGUAUGUCCCACAACAGUGUCAAGAUUGA